AUAAGGACUAUUUUGUGUAAAAAUGGAUUCACGUUUUGUUGCCUUUGAAAUAAAUAAACGAGUAAAUGUAUUUUCUUGGUUGUUACUCUCAUUGUUGAUGACAACUGUUACCAUCUGUCUGCUUGUUGGUCACAUGUUAUCCAGAAGGUGUCGCUGUUGUACUCUUGAUUUCGUUGCCUGCAGUAUCUCCAUACGGCCGCCUGGUGCCGCUGUGUCUAAGCUUCAGUCCCCGCUUGGUGCAGUCCCACAUUUUCACCCCUUGGUGGUGCUGUCCCUCCCCUUGCAGUCAGGCUUGUCCCUGCCGGCUGCAGUUCUUCCAUUCCUCCAGCAGGAGUCGCUCCGCGCUGUCAGUGUCCGGCCGGCCAGCGGCGGCGGCUCUCUCUCCGGGGCCUGUGUUCGGGCCGGGGCCGCUGCUUCCGUCAUGGCCGCCAGGAAGGCCGGAUCCCGGCUGGAGGUGGAGAUCGAGCGCUGCCGCUCCGAGUGCCAGUGGGACCGGAUCUACGAGCUCGUCAAGCAGCUCUCCGCCAAACUGAUCUCUAACGAUGAUAUGUCUGAACUUCUUCUUGGAGAGGCCAAGCUGGAGCAAUACCUGAAGAACAACCCCCUGAAACAGGGAGCGAGCCCCCGGGGACCGCGGCCCAAACUGACCGACGUCCGCAAACACCUGACCGCCGCCCUGGACAGAGGAAACCUGAAGUCGGACUGGAUGCAGGAAGCCAACAUGAUUAUGGCCAAGCUGGAUUAUAUAGAAGGCGACUAUAGAGAAGCUUUGUCUAUUUACUCCCGGGUCGGUCUGGAUGACCUUCAGCUGGUGGCGUCUCCCCCCUAUAAGCUGCGGAUGAUCGCGGAGGCGUACGCAACCAAAGGUCUCUGUCUAGAAAAGCUCCCAAUCUCCUCGUCCACCAACAGCCUCCAUGUGGACCGGGACCAAGAGAUCAUCACCUGCUACGAGAAGGCCGGAGACAUCGCCCUACUGUACCUGCAGGAGGUGGAGCGGGCCGCAGCAGCAAAUAUUCAGAACCGGAGCCCGAAGCCGGGUCCAGCCGCCCCGGACCAGGAGAUGAGCUUCUUCCUGGAGACCGGGCUGCAGCGAGCGCACGUCCUCUACUUCAAGAACGGGAACUUGACCCGAGGAGUGGGCCGAUUCCGGGAGAUCCUGAGAGCGGUGGAGACGCGGACCACACAGAACCUGCGCAUGACGAUCGCCCGGCAGCUCGCGGAGAUCCUGCUCCGGGGAAUGUGCGAGCAGAGUUACUGGAACCCGCUGGAGGACCCCCCCAACCAGUCGCCCCUAGACGACCCGCUCCGGCAGGGACUCAACACUAAAGGCUACGCACUGAGCCGGAGGCCGCGGGUCUACUCCGGGGAGAGUAUUUUUUGUCCUCAAGAGAACACAGAAGAGGCGCUGCUGCUGCUGCUGAUCAGCGAGUCCAUGGCCAACAGGGACGCGGUGCUAAGCCGGAUCCCAGAACAUAAAAACGAUCGGAUCAUCAGCCUGCAGAGCGCCUCGGUGGUGUACGACCUGCUGACCAUCGCGCUGGGGCGGAGGGGGCAGUACGAAAUGCUCUCCGAGUGCUUGGAGAGAGCCAUGAAGUUCGCAUUUGAGGAGUUCCACCUCUGGUACCAGUUCGCACUGUCCCUCAUGGCGGCAGGAAAGUCCGCCAGAGCCGUGAAAGUUCUAAAAGAAUGUAUCCGCCUGAAGCCGGAGGACGCCACCAUCCCGCUCCUCGCCGCCAAGCUGUGCAUGGGCUCCCUGCACUGGAUGGAUGAAGCGGAAAGAUUCGCCAAAAUGGUGGUAGAAUGUGGCGACAAAAGCUCUGAAUUCAAAGCCAAAGGUUUCCUGGCGCUGGGUCUGGCGUACAGCUUACAGGCCUCGGAUGCCUCGCUGCGGGGUCUGCAGGAAGAUCUACAGAGGAAGGCACUCCUGGCCUUUCAGAGGGCUCACAGCCUGUCACCCACCGACCAUCCUGCCUUCUACCUGGCCCUGCAGCUGGCGAUAUCCCGGCAGAUCCCAGAAGCGCUGGGUUAUGUCCGCCAAGCUCUCCAGCUCCAGGGUGAUGACUCCAACUCCCUCCACUUGUUGGCGCUGCUGCUCUCCGCUCAGAAACAUUACCAUGAUGCACUGAAUAUCAUAGAUAUGGCGCUGAGCGAGUACCCAGAGAACUUCAUAUUGUUAUUCACCAAGGUGAAGCUGGAGACGCUGUGUCGGGGCCCGGAUGAGGCGCUCCUGUCCUGUAAGCUGAUGCUACAGAUCUGGAAAUCCUGCUAUAACCUCACUAAUCCCAGUGACUCCGGACGGGGCAGCAGUUUACUGGACAGAGCCUUCGCGGACCGGAGGCAGCUUAACAGCGUCACCCUGCCGGACUUCAGCGACCCGGAGACAGCCUCUGACUCCUCUUCCCUUUCGAGACCAGAAUCUCCUCUCCACCUGUUUGUCACCUCUCAUCUUCCUCCCUAUUCUCCAUCCAAAACCGACCCUAUUACCAAGGCCCCCGCCAGCGCUGAGCUCACCUCCGGGCCAGAACCGCCUCACUGGCGCUCUCCAGACAUCCCCCACACUCAUGGUUUUGACUCCAUGUUUUCUGUUUGUUCCGUCCACGCCACGUCCAUUGCAGCGUCACGUGUGGAGCAGGCGCUCUCCGAAGUGGCCUCCUCUCUGCAGAGCAGUGCCCCAAAGCAAGGCCCGCUGCACCCCUGGAUGACCUUGGCGCAGAUCUGGCUUCAUGCAGCGGAGGUGUACAUCGGUAUAGGGAAACCGUCAGAAGCCAUGGCCUGUAUCCAGGAGGCGGCCAAUCUGUUCCCCAUGUCCCACAAUGUGCUCUACAUGAGAGGUCAGGUGUCUGAGCUGAGAGGGAACAUCGACGAGGCCAAAAGAUGGUAUGAAGAGGCGCUGUCCAUCAGCCCCACCCACGUCAAGAGCAUGCAGAGGCUGAGUCUGAUCCUCCAUCAUCAUGGCCGCUACAGCCUGGCGGAAAAAAUCCUCCGGGACGCGGUACAGGUGAACUCCACGGCUCACGAGGUGUGGAACAGUCUGGGGGAAGUGCUGCAGGAGCAGGGGAACGAUGACGCCGCCACCGAGUGCUUCCUGACCGCGCUGGAGCUGGAGGCGAGCAGUCCCAUCGUCCCAUUCACCAUCAUCCCCAGGGUCCUGUGAUGAAGAGUCCGAGGGGAGGGGCCAGCGUCAGUCCAGUCCUGCUUCAGCGCUACAAUCAUCACCACAUCAAAAUGCCGCAGACACGGUCUGCUUUUCGUGUUGUCCCCCGCGCGCGCGGGGGGGGGGGGGGGGGGUUGUGGGUGGCGGGCGACGUCUGUGUCGUGUAAAUUCUGUGAACAAUCGACCAGUGAUCUGUGAAACCUCUUAUGUUAACACUGGGUUAUGAUUCAGGGAAAAAAAGAUGGCGGCUGCGGGCGAAUGCGCACGUCUUAAACAGCUCUGUGGCCUUUUAGGGUGAUCUAUACACCGCCAUAUGUCAUCCUGUCAGACUGUAGCGAGCCUGGCAGUUGUAAUGAACUCCACAUUUGCUGAUGGACUGCGCCAUUUUCCUUCCCGAUUUAUGUAAAUUGCACGCACAUACCAUUAGGCCGACCCCGCCAUAUAAGUGGCACUCCGGUUCAAGUUGCCGUAAGAUUUGUUCUAUGCCGCCACAUUUUGUGCCACAGUGACGACUGUUUAAUAAGCGUAUUGUUUGACCAAUAUGUUCUUUACGGAGAAUCUGGGACCUGACUAGAGGGAAGCACCAUACGACACCAUGACACGAUUAUCGCCAAAUUCACGAAAUAAAAGUGCCAAAGACCUGUCGGGAAUUACGUCAGGUCAUGUCUUGGCAUGGAAGCCGAUAAGUCGCACGUUGCGGACUCUGUUAAUGGGGCAACAUUGUAUGCUUCUUGUUAUAAAAUGGCGGUUUGUGUAGAAACGGGUGUUGCCGCCAUCCUGUGUGAAGAUAAUGUGGUUGCCCAUAGCAACCCUUUUUAACCUACACUUGAGGUUACCAUAGCAACCAAUAAUAUCAGUACAUUAAUUUAAUAGGGCCCUGAAGCAACCAAUAAAAUGUCACCUUUUAUUUUCUCUACCAGGCUUCCUUCAGCUGUUGCAAAACUACAACUCCCAGCAUGCCCGGACAGCCAAAGGCUGUCCGGGCAUGCUGGGAGUUGUAGUUUUGCCACAGCUGGAGGCAUACUGGUUGAGAAACACUGUUUUAACCAAUACAAGAGGAUACCAUAGUAACCAGUCAGAUCAGUCCAUCGACCAAUCAGAUUAUUAGCUUCGCUUUCUAACACAAAUGUAAGCUGGAAUCUGAUUGGUUGCUAUGCACAGGUCACAGAAUGAAAGCAACAAGCUGAUUGGUUGCCAUGGACAGCUCUGGUGCAGGUUAGAGGUCAGGAAUCUGGUUUCUAAGGGCAACAGCUCCAUCUUGGUCAUCUGCUGUCUGUGCUGGGAUUAUACUAUAUAUUUAAACUCCGCCCCCUCUACUGCCGCCAUUCCCCUCCCCCUCCUCGUCAUGGCUGCCAUCAUGUCAGUAGCCCUAGAAAUCGCUAUAUUACCAGAGAUUUAUUUUUUGCCUGUUACGAAAUGACACGGAAAUCUUUGUUCUAUUUAAGUUUCUUUGUUUUUUUGUUUUUUUUAUGUGGGUUCAGAGAUUAUUUAUGGAAACGUAGAAGACGCUCAGGCGGCGACAUUCUUCAUGUUACUACGGAGAUUUACGGAUGACAAUGUCAAUAAAAUCAUUUUUAAAGGAA